ACUGCUGGGGUCACAGACUGCCUGAACCUCCCUUUGCCUUUUCCCAUUGACAUCUUCCCCAUCACUCAACCCAGGAGAGGUUUUCUUUUUCCUUCUACAAGUCUUUCAUCACAUAUAGCAGACUUGAUCAACAGAUCAUAUAACCAAAUCAUACCUGAUAAAAUAGUCGUAUCUGGCCUUAAUUGUGCCUCUGUAAACCAGUUGUUGUGCUGCAGGAGCACUUUGAUUUCCCUCCAUUCGGCUGUUUAAAAUGGUCUUCUGUUGUGUAAAUAGUCCAUGGAUGGAACCGAGACCCAAACUGCUAAGAGAACGCCAGUGUUCCCAGCAUCUCCCCUGGUUUAUUUGUGCUAUAUUUCCCGGUGACCUCAAAUGAAAGUAUUACUUAUGUGGAGCAAUCUGUAGCUGUUAAAGCUCCUGGGUUCCGAGUUAAAAUGCUAGGAGCUGGAGAUACAUUUCUUUUAGUGGUGGCAAAAUGGAAGACAUCUUCAGCUGGUUUGGUUCAGGCUCUGCCAUGGUUUUAACGGCACUUCUGCCGAGUGUGCUCUCCACGCCCUUCCAGAGAGCAGGGGCCGUGGUCGGCCCCGUUCUCUGGAGGUCGCUGUCCUACGGCAGUCCCACCGGUGGAAAGCGUUAAAGAAGAGCCAGACGUUUUGGCCGCUCGGUUCCUUUUUGGCCCUGCUGCGGAUUUUGUUUUGGAGACGACGCCGCCGGCAGCGCCCAGCCGGCCUUCCCGCGGCGGGCGGGGCGGGGGGGUGCUCGGGGCUGUCCCGCCGCUCAAAUAGCCGUCGCCGCCGCCGCGCCUGGCAGCGGAGCCGACGCAGCCGUCCUCCCCCAUGGUGACUGCGGCGAGCGGGCGGCGCAGCGGCACCCCGCAGCGGCGGAGCCCCGGCGGAUUCCCCGGCCGAUUCCCCGGCCGCUGCCCGCGGCGCCCGGAGCGGCGGCGGCGGCGGCCGGGGACAGCGGCGGCGGCGGGGGAGAGCCCGCAGGAGCUGCAGGCUUUCCGCGACUACGGGGAGAGCUGGUACCGCUCCCGCAAGGGGCUGGAGAGCCGCUUCCAGCCGCGGGAGCCGCUCGCCCGGCAGCCGCAGGUGACGGCGGAGGCGCGCUGCAAGCUGGUCAGCUGGCUUAUCCCCGUGCACCGGCACUUCGGCCUCUCCUUCGAGGCACUUUGCCUGGCCGUCAACAUCCUCGACCGCUUCCUCGCCACCACCCCUGUAGCCGCCGACUGCUUCCAGCUCCUGGGCGUGACGGCGCUGCUUAUCGCCUGCAAGCAGGUGGAGGUGCACCCCCCCAGCGUGAAGGAGCUCCUCGCCCUCUGCUGCGACGCCUUCACCCGCCAGCAGCUCCGCAACCUGGAGUGCAUCGUCCUGCACCGCCUGGGCUUCGACCUGGCGGCGCCCACCGUCAGCUUCUUCCUGGAGCACUUCAGCCAGGUGCGGCUGGAGGCGCAGGGGGCCGACGCGGGGGAGGUGGCGGACGCCCGGAGCCUGGCGGGGGGCGUAGCGGAGCUCAGCCUGGCCGACUACGCUUUCACCAAAUACGCCCCCUCCCUGCUGGCCGCCGGCAGCCUGGGGCUGGCGGACCGGCUGCUGCGCCACCGCAGCCCCCUGGACCUGCGGGUCAGCGGCUACCCGGAGGGGCUCCUGCGGGACUGCAUGGACCAGCUGCAACUCCUGGUGUCUCUGAACGGGCAGUCCCUGCCGCUCCUCCUGCCCCCGGAGCUGGUCCAGAAGUGCCCCUGGCUGCGGGGCGGCCGCUGACCGCGGGGUGCUAACGGCGAGGCCACCCAUCACCCAUCACUUGCGCCUCCUGCGACCGCAGUAUUUGAGCUGAGCCGGCUCCGUGCCGGCUUGUCGUUUGUGCUCCGUGCAGUCGAUGCAGAGUCUAAUCAAAUAAGCGUUAGUGUUAUUGGAGUUUUAAAAAAUUAGAUUACGUUUUGCACACGAUGUUACUGUAUGUCAGUUGCACUGUCCCUUUGCUGUUUUUUUAAAUCCAGCAUGUAAAUAAUAUACAGAAUCUCAAGUACUGUAUUAUUUAUUUGGAGGUUGGUCUGUAAAGAUAA